AUGUCAGGAAAUUUGAUUUUAGUGACGGGCGGUGCUGGAUAUAUUGGCAGCCAUACUGUGAUCGAGUUGAUCGAAGCCGGUUAUGAUGUCGUCAUUUUGGAUAAUUUGGUUAACAGCAGUUUUGAGAGUAUCAAAAGAGUUGAAGAAAUCACAAAUCGAAAGAUCACCACGUACAAUGUCGACUUAUUGGACGUUCCAGCCAUCGAAGAUGUCUUCCAAAAGCAUCAAUUCUUUGGAGUCAUCCAUUUUGCAGGUUUGAAGGCGGUGGGUGAAUCGUGCAGACGACCAUUGUCGUACUAUAGAGUCAAUGUGGGCGGGGCAAUGAACCUUCUCAAUGUCAUGGAAAAAAAUGGAAUUCGAAACCUUGUAUUCUCCAGUUCAGCUACGGUCUACGGCACCCCAAAAUACUUACCAUUGGAUGAAAAACAUCCAACAGGGGGCUGCACCAAUCCUUACGGAAAAACAAAAUUUGUCAUCGAAGAAAUCCUAUCAGACAUUUGUGCUGCAGACAACAAUUGGAAUGUUGUAGUGCUGCGAUAUUUUAAUCCUGUGGGGUCACAUGUUUCAGGAAAGAUAGGAGAAGAUCCACAAGGCAUUCCGAACAAUUUGAUGCCAUUCGUAUCCCAAGUUGCAGUAGGAAAGAGACCAGAAUUAAGUGUCUAUGGUGACGACUAUGACACCCCUGACGGAACUGGUGUCCGUGACUACAUCCAUGUAGUUGACCUUUCUCAAGGUCAUGUAGCUGCCGUCAAGAGAAUGGCCAGUAAAUGUGGCUUUAAAACGUAUAAUCUGGGAACUGGCGUUGGAUGUUCGGUUCUUGAUAUGGUCAAAGCUUUUGAAAAGGCGUCUGGUAAAAAAGUUCCGUAUACAAUUCAACCACGAAGACCAGGUGAUGUUGGUAGUUGCUAUGCAUCGACGACUCUCGCAGCAGAAGACCUGGGAUGGAAAGCGCAGAAAGAUUUAAACGAAAUGUGUGUAGAUUUAUGGCGAUGGCAGUCGAUGAAUCCUAAUGGAUACAGAAGUUGA